AUGUACACAGAAAUGGAAAGAAGAAAACACAAUUUUGUGAAAUUUGCACGUGAAAAAGGACAGCCGGAUCACGCACGCGUUAAACUUUCACUUUCUAAUAACAGCAGACGAUUGGUAGAAUGGAUCAUCAAAGAUAUUAAUGAAAAUAUACAGGCAAUUCCGAAAGCAUCCGGACUGGUCAAAGCAUUUGAUACCGGAGAAUGCAUUUUAAUUUGGCGACGUCCCAAAGAUUACAAUUCUUGGCGUGAAUUAUCUCCACUGAAAAUGAUACUACAAAUUAAAUUAAUGGUUAGCGAAACUGGAAAAGUUGUCGGAGAAGCAAAUAGCAAAUUUCGAGCAUCUGUUGAUCCACAUGCGGUAUGUACAGCUGAAGAACCACCAAUUCAUAAUAUAAUAUUGAACUCGGAACCGUCUACCAUGAUAUUACGAAAAGAGAAACCAAAGAAAAAAACUGAUGUUAAUUCUGAAAUACAACCAAAAAUAAUGAAUAAAAAUUUUCUGGACGAUUCACAAAAUACCUACUGGAUUCUCAUACUACUAUUUUGUUUACUGAUUGCUAUUUGCUUGAAAGUGCUUUCCGAUUGA